AUGGCUUCCAAUGUCACCAUUUACAAUGAUGUUUUUGGUUCAGAUCAUGGGAGUUUCCUAACCCUUUGCUUGAAUACGCCUCCCAAGAUUAAUUCCGAUGGCAUUUGGGAAUUUGUUUUUGGGGCUGCUCCUUGUCUUUUCUCUGCUUCUUUUGUUGGUGCUUCGCCACAGACUGGCUUGAUACUUGGAUCAUCAUGGAGGGGAAGUUUUGAAUCAUUUGACAACUUCAAAGAUGGUGUAUUUGCCACUGCAUCACAAGAAAUAGUGGGUUUGCUGGCAGGAUUUGGGUACACACUUUUUGUGUUUCUUAUUGGAGUUAGGAUGGAUUUAAGUGUGGUUAAAAGAUCAGGAAGGCAAUCUUUGAUAGGUGGUAUUUUAUCAAUAGUUAUUCCUGCAAUACUUGGUUCGUUGACAGCAUUUGGUUUAUCAAGAUUUAGUAAGACACAUGGAACGGCUGACAUGGAGUUUAUAGCCGCACACCAAUCAUACACUUCAUUUGCUGUUAUGGUUUGCCUUCUUGACCAUCUCAAAAUUCUGAAUUCUGAAGUUGGUCGUUUGGUACUUUCUACUACAAUUGUAGCUGAUUUGGUGGGUCUGAGUUUCUCCUUGAUAAUUACUGUUAUUGAAAAUGUUCGAAGCCAGGGUGCUUUGAAUGGCUUGAUGACUUUUGCUAUGGCGAUUGGAUCGUUGGUCCUUAUUGUGUUUUUGUUUCGUCCUGCGAUGCUCUGGAUUGUUAGGUCUACACCAAGUGGGAGGCCUGUGCCGGAUGGAUACAUAUGCAUCAUCAUUCUAUUGGUGCUUGUAUCUAGUGUAACUUCUAACAUUAUGGGACGAACCGUUUAUUCAGGACCAUUUAUCUUGGGUUUGACUGUGCCUGAAGGACCACCUUUAGGAGCCAGUCUAGUGAAGAAACUGGAUAGCAUUAUUACAUCGGUUUUCGUUCCGCUCUUUGUCACUAUUUCUGUGAUGAAGGUUGAUCUUUCAUUCCUUUACUACGAUGGAGAAUUUUUGAUCCAUUCUAUUAUUGUGAUCUUUAUAUCCAGUAUUGGAAAAUUGGCUGUUUCUGUUGGUACUGCUCUAUAUUUCAAGAUGUCUUCUCAUGAUGCCUUGGCAUUUGGCCUCAUAAUGUGUAGCAAAGGCAUUGUAGAGCUUGCUGCUUGCUCUUACUUUUAUGACAGCAAUUUAUUAUAUGAGCAGACUUUUGCAGUGUUAAUUGCUGAUAUUUUGAUUUUCUCGAUACUGAUGCCGAUGGUCGUGAAAUGGUUCUAUGAUCCUUCAAGAAAAUAUUCUCACUACCAGAAAAAGAACAUUCUCAAUUUGAAGCCUGAUGCUGAGUUGAGCAUACUAGGAUGCAUUCAUACGCAGGAUGGUCUUCCUGUUUUGCUUAACCUUCUCGAUGCAUCAUGCCCGACCGAGGAGUCUCCUAUUUCUCUGUAUGCUCUUCACCUUGUAGAAUUGGUUGGUCGAGCUACGCCGGUUUUCAUCACACAUGAGCUUCAUGAACAAAAAAGUUCAUCCGAAGUGAUGGUCUCAGAUAGUAUUAUUCAAAUGCUUCGCAAGUACGAAAUGAGGAACGAAGGUGUUGUAUCGAUUGAGGUAUUCACAGCAAUUGCUCCGAUGAAACUAAUGCACGACGACAUCUGCACCGUAGCGGUUAAAAAGCUCACUUCCAUUAUAAUUCUUCCAUUUCAUCGAAGAUGGACAAGAGAAGGAUUCGUGGAUUCAGAGGAUAGCACAAUAAGGGCAUUAAAUUGCCAAGUCCUUGAGCGAGCACCGUGCUCAGUGGGAAUCCUCAUUGACCGUGGCCAUCUUUCGAGCUAUCGUUCGUUUGGAGGUUCUUGUGCAUCGUUAUUACAAGUUGCAAUGGUUUUUCUUGGUGGUCAAGACGACAGGGAAGCAUUUUCGUUUGCUAGACGCAUGGUUAAAGAGGUGAGUAGUGCUCAACUCACAGUGAUACGGUUAAUUGCAGAAGAUGAGAGCAUAAGCCAUUGGGAGAUGGUUCUUGACACGGAACUGUUGACGACGACGUGA